UCGAGUCGGUCACGCUUUCAGUAUCAUUUUGUCGGCUGUGAACUGUAAAGGAAAUUUGUAGCGCCGCGCGCAGUGCAUUUUUUUCUGUAACAACAACAACACAGCUGAGCGCGCCAACAACAAGAACAACAACUGCAGCCACAAAGAAGAGCGCCAAACGUAACAGUCUACAAAAAGAGAAAAAGAGAGACAGAGAGAGAAAGAGAGAGAGAGAACGCCCGCCAAAUUAUUUGAUACUAACAGAUAGAACGAGACAGAUUGAGUAACUGUACUGUGGCUGGAAGGAAGGAAACAAAAGGCUUAAAUCGCAAUUGCUUGCGUUCCCGUGUUGCGACCAUUGUCUACGACGAGAGCGUCAAAGCUCUCGGCAGGCAAUACAAGAUAACACACACACACACACACACGCACACACAUCCAAGCAACAACUGAGUCUCUCAUAUACACACACACAGACACACAGACAGACAUACAUAUAUGCCAACACCCGCACUCACUCACACAACAGCCAAAGCAGACGAGACAAAUAGUAUAUAUAUAUAUAUAUAUAUACAUUACGUGAAAUUAACAGCAGCUGGCAGCUGAGAGCGCUGAGCGCCAAACAACUACAAAGAAAGAGAGGCGAGAGAGCAAGAAUAGAAGCUCUCUGAUCACGUCAAGUGAGACAAGUGCGAGAGAACGCGACCAAGAGAGAGAGAGAGAGAGAGACAGAACAACCGAUACCUUCAAGAAAACAAAAUAACGGCGCACUGAGAGUAUUUUGCAAAAAAUACUCGUGCACACACACUCUCAGGAUAUGUACGGCAACAAUAAUCCGGGUAGUAACAAUAAUAACGGUGGUUAUCCCCCAUACGGUUACAACAAGUCGAGCGGUGGGCGUGUAUUUGGCAUGUCACAUUCACUGCCAUCUGGAAUGUCACGUUAUGCGUUCUCACCACAGGACACAGAAUUUACAUUUCCAAGUUCCUCGUCGCGUCGCGGUUACAAUGAUUUCCCAGGCGGUAAUGGCGGCAGCGCCAAUUCCCUUGGCGGCAACAUCUGCAAUAUGCCGCCAAUGGCCAGCAACAAUUCGCUGAACAAUCUGUGCGGCCUAUCGAUUGGCAGCGGCGGCAGCGAUGAUCACAUGAACGAUCAGCGCAACAGCAACACCAAUUUGAUAGUCAACUAUCUGCCGCAGGAUAUGACUGAUCGCGAGCUGUAUGCCCUAUUUCGAGCCAUUGGACCCAUCAAUACGUGCAGAAUCAUGAGAGACUAUAAGACUGGCUACAGUUUUGGUUAUGCUUUCGUGGACUUCACAUCGGAAAUGGACUCGCAGCGUGCGAUCAAAGUGCUCAAUGGCAUCACAGUGCGUAAUAAGCGGCUCAAGGUUUCAUAUGCGCGUCCUGGCGGUGAAUCGAUCAAGGAUACAAAUCUGUAUGUGACCAAUCUGCCGCGCACGAUAACCGAUGAUCAGCUGGACACGAUCUUUGGCAAAUACGGUUCCAUUGUCCAGAAGAAUAUAUUGCGCGACAAGCUGACCGGUCGGCCAAGGGGCGUGGCAUUUGUACGCUACAACAAACGCGAGGAGGCACAGGAGGCAAUCUCGGCGCUGAACAACGUCAUACCGGAGGGCGGAUCCCAGCCGCUGUCCGUGCGCCUGGCCGAGGAGCACGGCAAGGCAAAGGCAGCGCACUUUAUGUCCCAAAUGGGCAUGGGACCGCCGCAGGCGCCACCGCCGCCGCCGCCACCGCCGCCGCACAUGGCGGCCGGCUUCAAUAAUAUGGUUCACAGAGACGGAGCAAUGGAAAAAUUACGCUCAUUAUUCGAUGCUAUUUGCGAUGCUAUCUUUGGUCUCGAUAGCGACAACUUUGCCGAUUUGCUUGACGGACUGUACCGCCGGAAGUACCAUUAUCCUUACUUAUAAUUGACGCCGCAGCAGCAGCAGCAACUGCAGCUCUAUCAGCAGGCGUGCGGCUACAAUUCCCAUGGCAACAACAACAGCAACAGCAACAACAGCAGCAACAACAACAACAACAACAACAACAGCAACAACUCCCCCAACAACAUGCUACAAUAUCAUUCACUAUAUCAUCAGCAACAACAGCAACAAUCGCCGCCACAUAGCCACAACAACAACAACAACAACAACAACAAUAGCAGCAACCACAACAACAACAUUGGGCAGCUGCCACGCCUGAGCAGUGCUGCUGCGCACAGCAGCAAUCAGUAUCAACAACAGAACAACAACAGCAACAUGGGCCACAACAAUCACAGCAGCAAUGCGCAGCGCCAGCAACAUAAUUCCAACAAUGUUGCCGCCCACAUGCUCAGCUACAAUCAACAACAGCAGCAGUUGCAGCUUAACGGCAAUCUAACACAGCAGCAACAUCACAGUAGCAGCAGCAACAGCAGCAUGCAACACCACAGCAGCAAUGGCUUGAGCUUAAGUCCACACGGCAGCAACAUGCAACUGCACAACAGCAACGGCUUGAGCUUAAGUCCACACAGCAGCAACAUGCAACAGCAACUGAACAGCAGCAACGGCAACAUCCACCUUCAUAGCCUCAGCUUGGGCUCGCACGGCAGCAACAUGCAACAUACUAGCAACAAUGGCUUAAGCUUAAGUUCACACAGCAGCAACA